CAUCAUACUAAAACUAAGCGCCGGAGUUUAGUGCAUGGAUGAACAUCAUCGAUCGGAACCCAACCUAGAAACCACAACACACAACACAUAUAUGUACAGACUUUCCAUCCGGAAGAAGUGUGGUAAAGUCCUCUUUAACCUGCUACAAUCGAAACUCAUGUGAGCGCUCAUCCCACCACAUCACCGUCUCAAAAACCAUGGUGCGCGAUGAACACACGCACCAUGUCAAGCUGUCCGACAAGGAAAUGACGCGCGCGGGCGCAGAGAGCAUGCGAGGCGCAUUGGCCGGUGGUACAAAGUGGGCGUUCAUAGGCGGGGCGUGCGCAGUCGCGGCAUGGAGAUUCUCGCCUGUGUAUCGGGGCUUGACGAUACAGUUCAAAGUCUUCCUACAAAUGUCGUUCAUGACAUUUGGCUCCAUCGUGGGGGCGGAAAAGAGGCUGCGGCAACAUGAGUUGGAUGUGAGGCGAGAGAAGAAGUUUAAGCGGGAUGCGGAAGUGUGGAGAAGAUUUGAAGUUGAUUUCGAGGAGAGUGGGACAUCCGAAGCCAGUGAAAAGAGAAGUUUUAGGCGCAGUGAGGAUCAAUGAGGCUAGAAUCUGUCUGUAGACUCGAGAGUAAGGACGAACGCUGAAAUACUUCUGACACGUUGGCUAGAUCGACAAAAUAUUUGUU